CAUCAUGAGAUGGCUGAAAGCGGCUCAUCAGGUGUGGUCGACGCAAGCUUUCACUCUCUACUGAUUCUUGUGCUUAUUCCCGUGGAUCUUGUGGUCAGCGAGUUCACACGAAGUCGGUGACCAGCCACCGAGCCGGCGACGCUCAGCUAGAUAAAGGUGGAGGGCGCAAUCUUCGAAGUGGAAGCAUAUUGAAGAAGAAGAACAGCACAGCGCACUUUCCUGUUACUCUUGAACGCUUCUAUGAUGGAACAUUUUAGGAGCAGGAGCAUCUCAUAGAUGUCCUUCUGGGUUCUUGUUGACCAUUCUUAGCCUCAUUCCUCAUUGGUCAUCAGCAGUGGGAAAUUUUGGUCUCCGAUCGCCAAAGUGAAACUGGAAAACAUGCACGAUGCCAGACAAAGUAGGUGAAGAGGAGGAACCCCAAGACCUGUGGUGAUCAUACUGUGAGUGUGGUGGUGGUCGUGUCUGAAGUCAGGAGGAGUCAGGAAUGGCAGGAAAAGACUACAAUCACCUCUUCAAGCUGCUCAUCAUCGGCGACUCUAAUGUCGGGAAAAGCAGCCUUCUCCUUCGCUUUGCUGACAAUUCCUUCUCUGGAAGUUACAUCACCACUAUUGGCGUGGACUUUAAGAUCAGGACUGUAGACGUGGACGGGGAGCGCGUCAAACUCCAAAUCUGGGACACGGCCGGACAGGAGAGAUUCCGGACCAUCACGUCCACGUAUUACCGGAACACGCACGGCGUAAUCAUCGUGUACGAUGUGACCAAUCCCGAGUCGUUUGUCAACGUUAAGCGCUGGCUUAACGAAAUCUCUCAAAACUGUGACAGUGUCUGCAAGGUCUUAGUGGGGAACAAGAACGACGACCCGGCCAGGAAGCAGGUGGACACCCAGGAUGCACUGCGCUUCGGCGAGUCAGUGGGCGUUCGCGUGUUCGAGACCAGUGCCAAAGAGAACAUCAACGUGGAAGAGAUGUUCAUGGCGUUCACGCACAUGGUCCUGCGGGCCAAGAAGCAAAGCCAAAGCCGGGCGGAGCGGGAACGCGAGCGGGAAAAGGACACGGUCAACAUUAACGCGCAUCGGGAGCGAGACCGCCGGAAGAGAGCUAAGAAAUGCUGCUGAGUGGAGAAAAAAAACAAGUUUGUAGUUGUUUUGUUUUCUGCUCUUCAUCUCACGUCUGCACUGGCAACUUUCAUUCGUGACUACUGUACUAGCACACGUGAAUACUGGACUAGCAUUAAUGCAUACUAGUGCUUGGGCCACACAUUCAAACAAAAGAAGUACUACAACAUGACUUUUUUUUUUUAUUAAUAAAUUUGUAUACUGUUUGGAUUAAAGUCAAACUACUACAAGA